AUGUCAUGCAAUCCGCUGCGGACCGCAUUUACAUUGCAAAAUCCCGGACUACAGCGGGUUGUGCAGCGCGCGCCCCCAAUCUUUGCCAACGGUUACAGCUCCGAUAGCAUCACAUGGGAUAGUGUGCGUGUGUUGCUCGUAGGGGCUGGUGGUAUCGGUUGCGAGGUUUUGCAUUCCCUGGCGCUCAGUGGAUUUGCCGAUAUUACAGUUAUUGACAUGGAUACCGUCGAGCUUUCCAACCUUAGUCGGCAGUUCCUCUUCCGGGAGGCAGACAUCGGGCGCAGUAAAGCCGAAGUUGCUGCCGCUGCUGUGGAGUGCCGUUGCCCUGGUGUACGAGUGCGGGCACUUUUCGGGCGUAUCGAAGAUCAAAGUGAUGAGUUUUACCGCCAGUUUCACGCUGUCAUUCUGGCGGUAGACUCUGUCGCGGCUCGCCGAUGGGUGAAUCAAAAAGUAGCUGAAGUUGCCGAAUGGGAAACUUUUGAUAUGGUUGACGGUGGUUGUUACGAAAAUAUAGCAGCUCGUCCUAUCGCCCGGAGAAUGCGGCGAAUUGCGUAUGCUAUGCCUCUAAUCGAUACUGGUACAGAGGGUUAUGAAGGCUGCUGUCGGGUAGUACUGCUGCGGUCCGUCAACCCCACGCCAUGUAUAGAGUGUGACCUUUCCUUGUAUCCGAGCCGCCGUACUGUACCGCUUUGCACUCUAGAGAAUAUCCCUCGACUCCCUGAACACUGCGUCUUGUACGUCAAGUUCAAACUGUGGGAGGAACUGAGGCCACAUGAAUCCCCUGAUGCUGACAAUCCAGAGCACAUUGCUUGGAUGACCGUUAUGGCACAGAGGAGAAAAGAAGCAUUCGGAAUUGAAGGACCAGAUAUCGAUGAUGCCUUUACCCUGGGGGUGGUGAAAAAUGUCGUGCCCGCCGUUGGAUUCACCAACGCGCUCGUUGCGGCGCAAGCGGUGUUAGAGCUCGUGAAGCUUCUGACUGGUGUAGCCUUCCCGGUUCAAUGCUUUUCAUACUACAAUGGUUCGACAAAAUGUGGCCUCACGUCGUACGUAACCGACCUUAUCCCUAAUCCUACUUGCUCUGUUUGUGGGCCUCGACCUUUGCUCAUUUUAAGUGCUGAAAUGACACCGCUGAACGUCCUGCUCGCCAUCAAAACGCAAGUUGGGAUGCCCCCGUCUGUUGAAGAUAUCAGUCACCUCGACGUAACCCUCCGUGUGCGAUUCGCAGCUGGCGAGGUUUACCUCAUGUACAAAUCCAAUAACCCAUUGAGGACUAAUGUGGUGGCUACUACGAUUGAGGAAGCGUUUGCCACAUCAGGGUACGCGGCCGCAUUUGUGGAAUGGUGCAACUCAGACGCAGUGGUGUUUACCCUUGAGUGUAGUGGGGCUGAUAUACACAUCUCGUGA